AUGGUCAACUGGGAAGUGAUAUUGCUGAGUCUGCGCUGCAUCGAGGAAAGCUUGUUGCGAAACCCAUUUUGCAGCAGCCUCCAUUCCGGGGAGCCAAAGCCAUUCUAUCAUUUCACUUUCUUCGCUGGGUACCAGAAAGAGGCGAAUUCGGCAAGGGUCCAAAGCUGGGAGAGCUGGUACGUGAUAUUCAUAAUCAUCGUGACAUCCUCGGCAAUGUUAUGGACUUUGCCGACGGCCUGUUGA